UUCAAGUCAAAUUGAGGAAUAUGGCUGCAGCUCCCGAGUGGCUCACCCACGCUUAUAUCGAGCACGCCCUGCGCUCUCACUUCAAGGAUGAUGGCCUGGUGAUAUCCAACCUGGAAAUAAACCCUGCCUUGGGACCCGGUGAAAAUUAUGGCGGAGUGCUGACCCGAGCCCGAGUGACCUUUGCCCUAUCCAAUCGUAACAAGUCCGAGCAGCUGGUAAACCUCAUUGUUAAGACGGAAAUCGAUGAUGACGAGCUGACCCAGAAACUAAUGGCUCCCUACGACAUUUACAAUCGAGAGAUGACCAUCUACCAGGAAGUCCUGCCCAAGAUCAAGGAUCUUCUCGAUGAGAUUGGGGAUGCGGAGAGGUUAUUUCCCACUGCCAUAUAUGUGGAUCGGGAGCGAAUGGCAAUUAUUUUCGAGGACUUGUCGGUGGAGGGCUACGUGAUGGCGGAUCGGGUGCGUCGUCUGAAUGUAGAGCACACCCACCUGAUCCUCCGAAAAUUGGCCAAGUUCCAUGCCGCUUCGGCGGUUCUCAACGAGCGUCAGAAGGGCAGCCUGGAAGGCUUCGAUCGAGGCUUUUUCAACCGCUAUACCAACGCAUACAAGGGCUACUUUGUGGGCGGCCUACUAGCGGCUGCCAGGUGGAUGAGCCAGGUACCCAAGCUAGCGGAAUACAGCAAGAAGCUUUUCGCCCUGGCGCCCCACUACAUGGAUAUCGGUCGCGAGUGCUUUGCCCCCCAAGCUGGUCAGGUUAAUGUCCUGGCCCACGGAGAUGUGUGGACCAACAACGUGAUGUUUAAGUACGAUCCAGAAACGGGACGCCCCGUGGACGUUCUGCUGAUAGACUUUCAAUACUCCUUCUGGGGAUCACCCUGCAUCGAUCUGCAUCAUUUCUUCAACACCUCCCUCAAGGAGCCCUUGCGCCGGGAGCAGCAGAGCAACCUGUUCCAGUUCUAUCACAGUAUCUUCAGUGACACGCUGGAGAAACUGCACUACCAAGAGAAUCCCAUUCCCAGUCUCCAUCAGUUUAAGCUGCAAGUGGAAAAGAAACGAUUCUUUGCCAUGCACUCAACAGUUGUGGUUCAACCCGUGAUGAUCAGCCAAGAUCCCACUGAUGCCUGUUUCAAUGCCCUGAUGAAUGACGACGAAAGGGGCAUCCGCUUCAAGAACCGCUUGUACCACAACCCCACCGUGCAACAAAACCUGCACGACCUUGUCCCCUACUUCGACCAGAAGGGCUUGCUGGAAGUCAACCAGGCCUGUUGAGGACGAUCUCUUGAACCCAUUA